AUGGCUCUUCCUCCGGUCAAGAUCGCCUCGCGGCCUGCUUCUCCAACUCCUUCUUCCUCUUCCCAUCAUCCCCAUCACCACAACGCCGCUUCAUCGUCGUCCUCCACCCAUCCACCACGAAUCGCAGCUCGACCCAUCGCUCCCGCCGAUCGCUCUCCUGACCGUCUUUCUCACCAUUCUCGUAACGGCUCCAGCCACGAAGUCGACAGCCUUCCACCCCUUCGCCCACGCGGCUCACGACCACCAUCCCCUUCUGCGCACCCAGCAGAUCGUGCUUCCGCAUCUCACCACGACGUAGCCCCAAGAAGCACAGCUCGCAGUCUCUUCCGCGAUCCACGCGCGUUCCACCCCUCUGGUCGAUCGCAGUCACCCAUCGCCGCUUUCCGAAACCGAUCGCAGAGUUCUGAAAGGUCGCAUCUUGGUCCAUCCAGAUCGCAACCCAACAGCCCGUUGCUCCACGCGUCCUCGUUUCGUCAUCCGAGCGAGGCGGCCGGCGUUCACCUCCCUCCCAUCUCUUCGUUGAGCCGAGAGCUGACCUCCGACCAUCCCGACGCGCACGCGCAUCAUCGUCGCACCCCCAACACCUCGCCCCGCGCCUCAUCACGUUUGCACAUGGGCAACACCUUCCGCGACACGAGCCCAGCUCCUUCCAUCGGUAGUCCGGCCACCAUGCGCCACGACCACCCUUCGUACCGUCACGAGUACUCUGGCGAGGACCGCAUCAAGUCGCAGCAGCGAUACGCCGACGAGUUCCCGCGCAGCAUCGCCCCCGCUCCGAGGUCCAGCUACGACCACACAUCGCGUGCAAGCGGCCUUCCUUACCUGCAAGGUCACCCAGGCUCUUCCCGAUCCGUCGAGGCUUCUUAUCACGCCAACGGGGGUCGUCCCUUGCCUACCGUCGACUCGCGUACCAGCAGCCCGCAGCAUGGCCACCGCGAAGCAUACGAGCACGAGGGCUCCGGCUCGCCUCCCUCCGCCCACCAUGCUGGUCUGAAAUGCUCCAACUGUGGCGUCACAUCGACGCCGCUGUGGAGGAGAGCCCCCGACGGCAGCACCAUCUGCAAUGCCUGCGGCCUCUACAUCAAAUCGCACAGCAGCCAUCGCGCCGCCUCGAGCAACCCUGGCGCCGCGGACGCAAGCCCUCCUGCCCAUCCAGUCAAGCUUUCCGCGGCUGGACGCAGCGGCUGCUCGCGAGAAGAUGAUCCCAAAUCCGGCUCUUGUCCCGGCGACGGUCUCUGCAACGGUACCGGCGGCACCGCCAGCUGCAGCGGCUGCCCAGCCUACAACAACAAUAUCUCGCAUGCUCUCAAAGUGAGCAAACGCGAACCACGCACCGGUGAAGAAUCCGCCUCGCCUGCCCGUGCCGCCGAGAAGGCAACGCCAGUGGCGGAGGAGAACAAGGACGACGACAAAAGCGCCGUUGGCGCGCUCCGUUGCACCAACUGCCAGACCACGACGACUCCGCUCUGGCGACGAGACGAGGAUGGCAACAACAUCUGCAACGCCUGCGGUCUCUACCACAAGCUGCAUGGCACCCACCGUCCCAUCGGCAUGAAGAAGACGGUCAUCAAGCGCAGAAAGCGCAUCCCCGCCAAUGCUGCUGCUCAGGCUGCCAACCACCCGGAUGUCGUGCCCGUACAGAUCAACGCCAACGGUCAGCCCGUCAUCGCUCCCGCCGCCGGUCGCAGUGGCAGCGACGCUACGCCGAGCUCGUCCGAGAGUAAGCGUGGACCAAAGAAGGCCGCUGCGUCGACGUCCGAGCAGGCUGUGCGCGAAGCCCGCGAUCGCGAGGCUGCCAUGCUUCUGAUGGAGGUGGGUGCAGGUGGCAGAUCGCAUACUUCGAUGCACGACGACGAACGUCAUCACCAGAAUGGCGGCAUGACCAGCUCUGCUUCCAUGCAUCACGACAUGCACUCGGCCCGUGCCAGUGCCGACGCGGCCCGCACGUCGCAUGCAGACGAGAGUCGAGGUGUCAAGAGGCCUCGCAAGUCGUACCCGCUGGCCCCUCGUGAGGCAUACGAUGAGCAGGAGGCUUCCGGUGCCGCUGCGUCCGCCUACAACGAGUCUCACGGCGCCGGUGCUCCGCGAUCGCAAAGGUCACCUACCGAUGCUCCCAUGUCGGACCGAAACGGUCGUCCCGACCUGCACAAUGAGCCGUCGCACGUCUCCAGCGUCCCAUCCGAGCAUGGAUCGCGAGCUGGGGCUGCCGAUGGCGCUCGGGCUAGCUCAGCGGUGGGUCACCAUCAUCACCACCACCAUCACCACCAUGCCAGCCACGCUUCCCACGCCGCCCAUCACGGGCACCAUCACCACCAUCACCAUCCUGUGGCGGUGAGCGGAAGCUCGCAUGGUCAUGCUGGUCAGGCACCCAAUGGAUCGGUCAAGCUCAGCGAUGUGGAAAGGCUCAGAGACGAUCUGCUCUUUGAGCGUAGACGCAUCGAUGAAGUCCUGCACCGCGCUGAGGCUAUCCUUGCUUCGGCACGCCAAGGUAACUACCACGCCGAUGUUGCCAGCGGACCGGCCCCGACCAGCGUUUUGCACAACGGCCACGGUCCUUCUAGAGACUCGCCACCAGGCACUUCUGCUCGAGGCAGUCCUGGCAUCGACGUGCGCGGCGCCAAGGCAAGCAGGGGUCCUGUCAAGGAGGAGAGCGCCGAAGAGGCUUCGAGGCGACGAUCGCAGGGCUACGACAAUGCCAGCUCGUCGAGCGAAAGGGACGAGCUGGAGUCGCCUCCACCUGCCAGCCAUGCACCGCCGUCCCGAACGCUGCUUGCGGUGCAGGAGCUUCCGACGGGACCUCGCCGCAACAGCUUCGAGCAAAGGAUGGCGUCGCUCCCAGUCAUGGCGGCCGUGCCGCUGAAACGCAGCUCUCCUCCCACCACCGCCUCUAAUUUGGGGGAGAACAAAUUGACGGCUGCAACUCAGCCCGCUCGCAAGGCUACUGCGUGGGGAAUCGACGCGCGUUCGACCCCCGCCUCGUCAGCGCCUCGGCCCGGCGACAAGCGUGCCCGCCCUGAAGACAUGGACGAGGACGACGACCACUGGAACUGGGACAACCUGUAUGGCAAGGCCAAGCUGGAGAAGGCGGGUGAUUGGCGUGGAUUUGCGCGACCUGCUGAACGCGAUCAACGCAGUCAGUCGAGGAGCAGCGGCAGUGUCCGACGUGACACGCCCACUAAUGUUGCUGCGAGGAUGCCUGCCGCUGCGAGCACCGCUCAGCCAGUCAGCGCUCCACGCACCUAA